UUGCCACCAGGGCGAUUAAACCAAAUGAAAUAUUUCGCAUCGAACAAAAUAUUUCAGGAUUGCAUCAAGCGUUAUAAGCGUUACUAUUUAAGUAACUUUUGAACUGCUUUGAUAAACAAAACUAUCCGGAAAAUAAAAAGACGUCGAUUUCAAAACUGUUCAUUUGGAAGCAAAAUAAUUGGAUGUGAACUAAAAAUGAGUAGUGAAAAUUCCAAGCAAUCUUUAUUGGACUUCGCGAGAUCGCUUGACGCCGUUGAAAUUUUUUCCCUUAGCAAUGCUUCCAAUCGCCAACUAACUGCCAAACACUCGACUCAAACGUUCCGUUACAUUAUCGUCAUAGAUCUGGAGGCAACCUGCUGGCCGAAAGAGACUCAGAAAUGGAAAACUCACGAGAUUAUAGAAUUUCCUGCAGUUCUGCUAAAUCUAACUAGCGGCCGAAUUGAGUCAGAAUUCCGUCAGUAUGUUAUGCCACUUGAGAACCCUCGCCUGAGUGAAUUCUGCACCGAGCUAACCGGCAUCCGGCAGGAACAAGUCGAUGCAGGAGUACCGCUUUCAACAUGUUUCAUGUUAUUCAACAAAUGGUUGAAAAAGGUCCUCACAGAGCGUAACCUUUAUUUACCGAAAACGGAUCCACGGGACAAGACAGGCAACGUAGCCCUUGCCACGUGGUCCGACUGGGAUUUGGGAGCAUGCUUGAGCAAAGAGUGUACCCGGAAGCGAAUCAGCAAGCCGCCCUGUUUUGAUUUGUGGAUUGAUGUUCGGGCGAUCUACAGGCAAUUUUACCAGGGACGGCCGACCAACUUUGGAGAAUCUCUGGAACGUUUGGGAAUACGAUUCGAGGGACGACCUCACAGUGGGCUGGAUGAUUCGCGAAAUCUUGCCAGAUUAAUAGUACGAAUGUGCAAAGAUGGUGCCAAUUUUGUAAUUACAAAGGAUUUGAAACCAUUCGAUGUAGUAAAUAAACAAUAGACCAGUCAUUGGUGACUUAACCGGCGUACUUAACAUUA